CCAUGCAGUCCUGACUGCUGGUCAGCAUUCUCUGGCAGGCGUCUGACCUGACAGGAAGGCGUCCCUCACAUAGCUGGAGGCCCCUCAAAUACCAUCUAUUUGUGGCCUGGACCCUGACGGCUGGCAGGAGCCAUGUGACCACAGAGACGAGGUAUUUUUGGCAGUGGGGGUGGGGCCCGCGUGGGAGCCCAGCACCAUGCCCCUCCGGGACAGGCAGCUUGGAUGCCCAGCUCCGCUGCCCCGGCUGGCUGCGGGGUCCCAGGACAGAGAUGAAGUGCCAGCCCCGGAGCCAGGGAGGUGGGGGCACCCAAGGGGGCGGGUGGCAGUGUGUGCUGGCCGAUGCCCGGGGCCUGGGUCCAUGAAGGCUGGAUGCUCUGCUGCUCAGGCGCCUCUGCUGACCCGAGAUGGAGAACUUCCAGUACAGUGUCCAGCUGAGCGACCAGGACUGGGCUGAGUUCUCGGCCACUGCCGAAGAGUGUGGCCUCCUGCAGGCCGGCCUGGCCUCUGGGGAUGAGCUCUUGUCCAGUGACAUUGACCAAGGGGACAGCAGUGGCAGCAGUCCCCCUGGGCCCCCGCCCCUUCUCCAGGGGCAGCCGGCUUCUAGGGAGAGGGGCUGGCCUGGUCUCGAGGAGGAGGACAAAGUGGCCACUCGGCAGCUGGUCAGCAGGUCUUGGCAUGAGCCCACCUUGGCCCCGGAGCCCGGUCAGCAGACGCCCAGCACGUCCGCACAGCCAGAAGCUCAGCUGUCCCUCAGCUCUGGUGCCACCCCUCCUGGCCAGAGCGCAUCCCUCCUUGGGCCAGAGUCUUCCAGACAGGAGAUGCAGAGGCUUCUGCAAGGGCCGGCCCCCCGGGGCCCUGCCCCUAGUCCCCCUGGGGAGCCCCCCCAGAGUCCCGAGUCUCCUGGCCGCAGCACUGCCCCCCAGAGGCCUCCUGGAAGCCCUGGAGCCCCACCCCGCAGCCCCAGCCGAAAGAAGAGGCGCCCUGCAGGCACCAAGGUGGGUGGGCGCUCGGGGGCCGCCGGCUCUGCUCCCACCCAGCCGGGCUGCCUGCUGCUCACGGAGCCCAGGCCUGAGGAGGGUCUCGGCCUGGCUGGGUCCAGGGGGAAGGGUCUCUCAACUGGGAUAGCAGAGUGUACAGCAGGAGCUGGGCAGGACGAACUGGGGUCAGAGUCUGCAGGAACCCCUGAGCAGGUGACCAAGCAAGGGCCAGGUUUGGAUCUGUCUACACCUGUUCCUACAACUCAGCAAGGUACAGACCUGCUCAGAAUGACCCCCAGAGCUGGGGUACACACUGUGACCACAUCUGCCCAUAAAGCUCGUCUAGACGUCUCAAUGGUUAAGUCAGAUGUGGCUCUGUCUACACCUGUCUCCAAGCCUCAAACUGACACAACUCUGUCUACAUCGGCCUCCAAGCCUCAACCCAAGAUGCCUCUGUCUACACCAGCCUUCAAGUCUCAACUAGACACAACUCUGUCUACACUUGCCUCCAAGCCUCAACUCGACAUGCCUCUGUCUACACCGGCCUCCAAACUUCAACCUGACACAACUCUGUCUACACCAGCCUCCAAGCCUCAACCUGACACGCCUCUGUCUACACUUGCCUCCAAGCCUAGACUGGAUGUGGACCUGCCUACACCAGGUCCAAUGGUCAAGCCAGAGGUGGAUUCAUCCACACCUGUCUCAAAGGCUAUACCAUGCACAGCUCUGCCUCCCCUUGUGUCCAAGGCCCAGUGUGAUGUGGAUGUGUCUAUACCUGCUGCCCUUCCCCAGGCUGAGCCUGAUGUGGUGGAGGUUGCCCCAGCGGUAGAACUGGGUUUGACCCCUGUUGUGUCUCCAGGAGGGCAGCGAGAGAGGCCCAGAGGGGAGCCUCCAGCAGGUGCCCCUGGACAUCGCUCAGGGGAGCCCCCCAUAGGGCCUGUCCAAAGCGCCAAAAAGAAGAAAGUGCGAUUCUCCAUGGCUGUGUCCAGUCCCUCCGAGGACCCAGGGUCAGGAGAGGCCUUGGGCCCACCCUCACCAGCCACAGCCCGGCCCUCAGCCCCCAGGAUGGCAGCUGGGGGCCGCGGGGGGCCUGGAGCCUGGGACGCUGUGGCAGUUGGGCCCCGGCCCCUCCAGCCUCGGGUCCUCAAGCUUCUGCCUCCCCCGGCCUCCUCUGCCUUGGAGUGGCCCGAGCCCAGGAGCUGCUUUGCAGUGACCCUCCCAGAGGCCUAUGAGUUCUUUUUUUGUGACACGAUUGAGGAAGAGGACGAAGAUACCAUAGAGGCAGCAGAGGCUGGCCAGGCUGCAGCUGAAGUCCAGUGGCCGGACGUGUGCGAGUUCUUCUUCCAGGACUUGCAAGCCCAGAGGUCGGAGCACCCAGUGGGGCGCUCCUUGGCCCCACCCCCUCCGGCCAAGCCUAUGCCAGCUCCUCCACCUGGAGACCCCAUGCCCAUCUCCAUCCCUGAGGCCUAUGAUCACUUCCUUGGGGAGGACAGGGUAGACAGCAUGCUGGGACCGGCUGCCCUUCUCCAGUUGCAGGCCACAGAGAACCCCAGGUCGGUCCCCCAUGGAGUGGGCCCUGGAACCCCACCAGAGCCCUGCCCAGCCACAGCAGAGCAGCUCAACCUGGCAGUCAGGCAAGCAGGGGAGCCCUGGGGUCCCCUCACCUCGUUUACCUUCAGCCAGAACGACAUGUGCCUAGUGUUUGUGGCCUUUGCUACCUGGGCUGUGAGAACAUCGGAUCUGCAUACCCCAGACGCCUGGAAAACAGUCUUGCUGGCCAACAUUGGCACCGUCUCUGCCAUCCGAUACUUCCGUGGUCAGGUGCAGAGGGGGCGCCGCAGCCCGAACCGCAGUCGCAGCCCCAGCCCCAGCUCCAGUUCCAGCUCCUAGGACCCAGUCUUGGCCCAGGAAGACGCAGGAUGAGGAAACGGCCACAGGUGCUCAGGGCAGGCGCUGCCCUCAGGCCUUGCACUUUGACCUCUGUUCUCCACCAUCUAGGAAGGAGCCAGCAUCCUUGGUCUUGGCUCCUUUGGACUCCACCGAGGGUCCAGCCAGUGGCUGAGGCCAAGGCUGUACCCCACACCCGGAGAGGGGAAGGUUCUGGAAGGCUGGGCGAGAAGGGGCUGAGCAGGGAGCUGGUUAGUAAGGUGGCCAGGGUAGCAAAUCAGAGCACAGGAUGUCCAGUGAUGCCUGAAGUUCAGACAUGUAGUAUUUGAGCCGUAUUUACAGUAAGAUAUUAUUUGCGGUUUAUCUGAAAUCAAAUUUGACUGGGUGCCCUGUAUUUUACCAGCUUAUCUAGUCAGGGGGUGAGGGCAGGGCACUGGAAAUUAGGGGGUCAGAGCAGCAGCAAGACCCUGCUGGAGACCUGGGCAGGGGCAAGGGUGAUGAGGCUGGGUGGGCUUGAGGCUGUGGGGGCAGGUCCCAGGGACUCUCUGCCCCAUUUAGAAGUGGGCUGGACUGGUGAGGGCCUCUGAGGCCUCCCUGGUCCCUGAGCCCCAAGGGCCUGUGGCCAAGGCCUCCUUGGCUCCUGCCUGGGACAGUGAACAGGGGCCUACAGGGGCCUAUGGGAAGGGGCUCCAGAGGCCCCUGCAGGGCGGGGGUCUAUAGGGCAGAGCCUGGACAAGGUGCAAGGGCAGAGUGCAAUGGUGUCAGGUAGAGGGACUGGACCUGGGAUUGUCCCGGGGCUGAGAGGAGCCGGAGAUGGGGUAGGUAGGUGGGCAGGGGACUGGUGGUGGCAGAGCAGCGGGGGUGCUGGGGGGGCAUGCAUGGGGUCCUCAGGACGACGGGAGACUCCAGGCUGCUAAGUGGAGAACGCAUGGAUACAGCACCAAUAAAUCUCCUUCUCUUUCUUGUUCA